GUCUGUUCCAGGUAUGACUAUUGCAAACCACACUGGUGUUAGCCACACAGUCUUCCGCUUGCUGGGCAUCCCUGGCCUAGAGGACCAGCACAUGUGGAUUUCCAUCCCCUUCUGCAUCUCCUUUGUCAUCGCCCUGCUUGGGAACAGCCUGCUCAUCUUCAUUAUCCUCACCACGCGCAGCCUGCACGAGCCCAUGUACCUCUUCCUCUGCAUGUUGGCCGGAGCAGAUGUUGUCCUCUCCACAUCCACGGUGCCUCAGGCCUUGGCCAUCUUCUGGUUCCACGCCGGGGAGAUCUCCCUGGAUCGCUGCAUCACUCAACUCUUCUUCAUCCAUUCCACCUUCAUCUCUGAGUCAGGGAUCUUGCUGGUGAUGGCAUUUGACCGCUACGUUGCCAUAUGCUACCCACUGAGAUACACUGCUAUUCUUACACGUGGACUGAUUGGGAAAAUUGGUGUGAUUGUCUUUCUGAGAAGUUAUGGCACAAUUGUUCCUAUAAUAUUUUUGCUGAAAAGACUGACAUUCUGCAAAAGCAACAUCCUCCUAAAUACUGGUUGUAAGCACAUUGUCUUGGCCCACGUUUCUUGUAACGAUAUCCAAAUAAACAUCUGGUAUGGGUUUUUUGUCCUCAUGUCAACGGUGGUUUUAGAUAUUGUGCUGGUGUUUGUUUCCUAUGUGUUGAUUCUCCAUGCUGUCUUCCGCAACCCAUCCCGAGACGCUCGCCACAAAGCUCUCAGCACUUGCGGCUCCCACGUUUGUGUCAUCAUCCUCUUUUACGGACCUGGGAUCUUCACCACCCUCACUCAGCGUUUUGGACACCACAUUGCACCACACAUCCAUGUUCUUCUGGCCAAUGUCUGCAUUCUGGCACCACCUAUGCUGAAUCCCAUCAUUUAUGGGGUCAAGACUAAACAGAUCCGUGACCAGGUGGUUCACGUGUUGUUCACAAAACAGAAGUGA